AUGGAAAAAAACGUAGCAGCAGAAGUCUAUUUUGACAAAUUUGUGAUAAAAUCCAACAAUGAAAAAUAUACUAAUCGUAUUGUAGGCAGCCUUGAAUUCUUAUAUAAGGCGAAUCUGAGAUACUACUCAAAGAUACUAGACAUUCUAAAGAAGGCACUAAAUAAUUUUCAAGUACAGAAAAAAAGGGUGUUAAUGAUAUUUAACUACGCUACUGAAAAUAAGAAUGCCAUUUCAAAGGAAAUAGAGAUUUUAAAGUUAAAAGAAGAAUCUAUAGUCGCUAAGAUUCAUAGUGAAGGGCUAACAUUAGAGAGGUACAAAAAACUUGUUGAAGAGAAUACCAGAGAGAUCAUAAAAAUAGAAAGUAAUAUAGAAGUUAUAGAAGAUGAUAUAUUUCUUGGAAAUUCUCAGAUAUCAAUAUCAACAUAUGCAUACAUCUCAAUGCAACAACUGGUCAGAAAGUUAAAGAGCUUAGUACUUACUAAGGAAAGGCACAUCGAACAUAAGACAGAAAAAAUUGAUAUGUAUACGAGAAAAAUUAAUGUUCUAGAUGAAAACUUGAAAUCGAUCGAAAAUAUGGCAAAACAAGAAACUGAAGCACUGAUAAAGCUGAACUAUGAAUUGGAAACAAAAAGAAUUGGAGUAAAAGGUGAAUGUUUAAAUAUAGAAGAGGAUAUUGAAGAUGUUACUCAAAAACUAGAUAUGACUAUUUCUAUGAUAAACGAUAAAAGAACAACUAUAGAAUCCUUAAAUCUUACUGUUUCUAAAACAUCUGACAAAACAGUAUCAAUAUCAGAGAAACUUCUCAGGAUGGAAAAGGUGGAAUUUACAUUUUUGUUCAAUAAACUUCUUAGGAACACCAAGAAAGUAUAG